CCGCCUGCUGACCGACCUAAAUAUCCUUUUCCUUUGAGCAUGAAGUGCUCGAUACUGUGCGAUGUUGCCGACGGUCUCGCUUAUCUCCACGGGCGGUCGCCGCCCAUCAUCCACCGCGACCUGACCGCACAAAACAUAGUCCUGAAUGCGGAAUUGCAAGCAAAACUAGUGGAUCUGGGUCUCUCUCGUAUAGAGCCUCUAAUGACAGCCGCAUCAAGAAUGACUAUGCCACCCGGCACGCUAGUCUAUUUUCCCCCGGAGAAUGCCCGUGGAAUCCUGCAUGACCCUAGUGUAGACAUCUUCUCUUUUGGAGUUGUCACCAUUUUCACAAUCGGUGAAACCUUCCCCUGCGAUCUUCAAGAGCCAAACUACUUUGAUGAGGAGACUGGUGUGCUAGUAGCUCGCACUGAACUACAGCGACGCAGUGAGUACAUGCAAUACGUUAGAGUGCAACUAAGAGCCUGUGACCAGCUCCGAGAGGAUCAACCUCUAAUUCUGCUAAUCCAGCAAUGCUUGCACAAUCUCCCAGCUAAGAGGCCAAGUAUUCGUGAGGUGCUGCGCCUUUUGGGGGAGGCUAAAGCUGAUAUUAAAGACAACCAGGAGAUUGAAAGGAGUCAAAUGGAACAAGCUCUUCGCAGUGAGCUACCAAAGGAAAAGCUGCAGCCAGAAACGACUAUAAUUCCUAACUUGGAAAACCUUAUGGAAUUGCUCUAAGAAAAUCAGGUGAAAUAGUAAUCACUGAAUGGGGUGGAGACACUGUCCAUCCUCGGUAAAGACUUCCCUAAUGUUUGGAGAACGUGGGGAAAUGGCAGAGAGUAUGAAGUAUCCAGCUGGAGUAGCAAUUGACAAAGAAGAGAAGUAUAUUUAUGUCAGCAGCGAGCACAAGCUACAAAAGUUCAGUAGCCAGGGAGAAUUUAAGAAAUGUGUUGGUAAUGAUGGGAAGAAGGGAGAGUUUUACGAGUUUGAUGAUCCUCGUGGUCUAGCAAUAUACGAAGACAACCCUUUAUGUAAGUGACCGUAAUAAUCAUCGAAUUCAAGUUUUUGACCUCGACCUGAACUUCGUACGAUGUAUUGGCUCAUGUGGCGAUGGAAUUAAUGAAUUUAAACAACCAUU